UACUAAAUGGUGUGAAUGUUGGUGUGUUUUCAGGUGGAGCAGUCCAAAGUGCUGAUUAAGGAAGGAGGGGUUCAACUGACACUCACCAUUGUCGAUACACCAGGGUUUGGAGAUGCAGUGGACAACAGCAACUGUUGGCAGCCAGUCAUAAAUUACAUUGACAGUAAGUGCGAGGACUUCCUCAAUGCAGAGUCGAGGGUGAACCGCAGAUCCAUGCCAGACAACAGAGUCCACUGCUGCCUAUACUUCAUUGCGCCCUCUGGACACGGUCUGAAGCCGCUGGACAUCGAGUUCAUGAAGAGACUCCAUGACAAGGUCAACGUCAUCCCUCUUAUUGCAAAAGCCGACACUCUGACCCCAGAGGAGUGCCAGCUUUUUAAAAAACAGAUUAUGAAAGAGAUACAGGAGCACAAAAUCAAAAUUUAUGAAUUCCCAGACACGGAGGACGACGAGGACAACAAGCUCAUCCGAAAGAUCAAGGAGAAGAUGCCACUGGCAGUAGUCGGCAGCAACGUGGUAAUCGAGGUGAACGGCAAGAAGGUCAGAGGUCGCCAGUACCCGUGGGGCGUGGCAGAAGGUAGGUUCACUCAGGUCCACUGCCGGAAAGGAAGGACAUGGCUUCCAUUUUGUGGCCAAACUGAAAGGGCCUAGAAAAUAAACUACAAA